GAGAUGCUAAGUUCAAUGGGUACGUCUCAUGAAGAAGAGGAAGAUGACCCAACUGAUCCCAACUACCACCAGAAUCAGAUUUCUUUAGUAACACACACCAACUUACCCUCUGAGCCGGCGAUCCAGAACACCCGGCAAUUGUUGAUCCGGUGCGCCGAGCUUGUGUCUCAAUCUGAUUGGAUCCCUGCUCAACGCCUCAUCUCCAUCAUCUCCUCCAACGUUUCUCCUUACGGAGAUUCCACUGAAAGAUUAGUGCACCAGUUCGCGAGAUCCCUUUCGGUCCGUCUAAAUCGUCACCACAGCCACCACUUAAGCCAAAAUUUGUUGAUGUUCACAAGAACAGCCUCCACCACUACCACCACCACCGCCACAACUUCCUCCAUUUCCGCCGCCACAACCGAUAUCAUUCCCACCACUGUCGCUCCAACCCCUCACCAGCACCACCAAAUGAGAACGAGUGGUAGUGGUGGUUUUUGGGUUGUUGGCGGCGGCGGGGGCGCUGGUGGUGGUGGUGGGGCUGUUGCUCAAGACUUGGAUAUGGAAUUGGAGUUGGACAAGGAGGCGGUUGAAUCGUCGUAUCUCUACCUCAACCAAAUCACUCCGUUCAUAAGGUUCAGUCACCUCACAGCCAAUCAAGCCAUCUUAGAAGCUACAGAAGGUCAAGAAUGCAUCCACAUCCUAGAUUUCGACACCAUGCAAGGAUUACAAUGGCCUCCAUUAAUGCAAGCAAUCGCCGAGCGUCACCGCCGUUCUUCGACACCGACGGAGGAGGAAGAAUCAGAGGACCCAUCCUCGAAUCCCAACCCGGUGGUAGCCAUGCCCAUGAUCCGAAUCACGGGUACAGGUCACGACUUGAGCACCCUCCGAAGAACCGGAGACCGUCUUCAGAGAUUUGCACAUUCCCUGGGCCUCAGAUUCCAUUUCCGACCGCUACUCAUCGAGGGUCCCACCUCCUCCUCGUACUCCCCAUCUUGGAUUGCUGCCAUGGCUGCUCACCUUCCCUCUGCCGUCCCCCUCAUGCCCAACGAGGUCCUCGCUGUGAAUUGCGUGCACUUCUUAAAUAGACUACUCAGAGACGACGAUAGCGACGCCGCACGCCUUAUCCUACGCGCCAUCAGGGCCAUGAACCCUAGGGUUGUCACCGUCGCAGAAAGAGAGGCAAGCCACAAUCAACCUUUCUUCUUACAGAGGUUCGUCCAGGCUUUAGACCACUACACUGCCAUUUUCGACUCCCUUGAAGCAACGUUGCCCCCCAACAGUCGUGAGAGGCUUACAGUGGAACAGGUAUGGUUUGGAAAGGAGAUCCUGGAUGUGGUGGCAGCGGAGGGAGAGCAGCGGAGGCAGCGUCACCAGAGGUUCGAGACAUGGGUGGAAUUGUUGACGAGUUCAGGCUUCUCCAACCUUCCUUUGAGCCCUUUCGCCUUGUCUCAGGCUAAGCUUCUACUCCGUCUCCAUUAUCCUUCUGAAGGGUAUCAGCUUCAGAUCCUGAACGACUCUUUCUUUCUGGGUUGGCAACAUCAACCACUCUUCUCUGUCUCUUCCUGGCACUAAAAUAAGGAAAGUGGAGAAAAGAGGGGAAGGGGGAAAAGGAAA